AAAACACGUCAUCAGUUGUGCCUGUGAAUGUUCCUGCACUUACCAAUAAAUAACCAAACACGAAUCAACUCAUAUAGUUUCUACCUGAUCAGUGAGCCAGACCAUCAGUGAAAAUGUCUCUGAAGAUCCUCUCCAUCACUCUCCUCCUGCUCUCGGUGUGUGUGUGCUGCCACUCCUCUGAAGAUUCAGCUCCUCCUGAAAGAAACGCCCCGUGCUGCCCUGCAGUCACCACAAUCGAUAUGAGCCCUGAGGUGGUGGGGGAAACAUAUCAUGAGCUGCCUGCAAGACCACCCUGUGUGAAGGCUAUACUAUUCAACACAGAAUAUGGACAACUUUGUGCUGAUCCAGACGCUCAGUGGGUCAAAGAUCUCACUGCCAAAAUGAGGAAGGUGUGAAGCCUGUCUGCUGCAUCAGUAUUUCCAGUAUUUCCAUCACCAUUUCUCAGCCUGUUUUGAAACUUUUUUUGCAUUUUUUUUUUACUCUUACCUGUGGAGUAACCCUGUAUUUUAUUCACGCUGUUGACUUCAUUGUUUUUUAACUGAUCAUUGGAGCUCAGGUUUUAUUUGUCUUUUGUUUUGCUUAUUUGUGAAUCUCUUUCUGUGCAUUAUGUGUUUAUGUGAAGCACAAUUUGGCUGUGAAAACAAUAUAAAAAUAAACUUUUGUAUUAUUGAGCAAAUAUUUCUUGCUGUUGUUUGA